GCGCAUGCGCAGUAGCGCGCGAGGCUAUUUAAAUGUGGGGUGAAGAUUCCUACAACAAACAGUUCUCAUCAGUGAGAGUUACGCAUCAUCACGUCGUGAUGAGUUGGGCCAUCAGCACUCUGGCUGUCGGGAUUGUCACACUUUUGAUUAUCCAGAUGAAGUUUUACCCUUACUUUUGGGAUGAUUUAAUGUAUUACGUUAAAGUUCGGCGAGUGGGGUGGCGGAUGAUGGCGAGGAUGAAGCGCGGGGUUGUCACAUAUCUCCAGUGCUUUGAGCUGCAAGCCACAAACAUCCCGGAUAAGCCUUUCAUUGUUUUUGAAGACCAGACUCUCACGUAUAGAGACGUGGAUGUGCGGAGUAACAAAUUAGCAAACGUCUUGAAAUCUCACCGUGGUCUGAAACACGGUGACAUUGUGGCGCUUCUAAUGAAUAAUGAGGCGGAUUUCAUCUGCGUUUGGCUCGGACUCUGUAAACUGGGCUGCGAGGUCGCGUUUCUCAACUUCAACAUCAAAUCUCAGUCUUUGCAGCACUGUUUGGACCGCUGUGGAGCUAAAACGCUAGUUAUUGGUUCAGACUUGGUAAAAUCUCUGGAUGAGGUCCUGCUGAUGCUGACAGAUGGUGGAAUUGAAAUUUGGGUGGCAUCGGAGAGCUCCUCACACCAGAAUGUCAAGACUCUGUUGGACAAGCUGGACUCUGCUUCUCCUGAGAAGCCUGUGGUUGAUGCCCCUCAGCCAAACCUCAUGUCCAACUUCCUGUUUAUUUUUACAUCUGGCACUACAGGACUACCUAAAGCUGCUCGAAUCAGUCAUAUCAAAGCUGUGAUGUGUAUGGCCUUCCUCCGUUUGUGUGGUGCUUGUGCUGAUGACAAAAUCUAUCUGACGUUACCACUCUACCACAUGUCUGCGUCUCUGCUUGGCAUUGGUGGCUGCAUUGAGCUCGGGGCAACGUGCGUUUUGAAGAGGAAGUUCUCUGCCAGUCAGUUUUGGAAGGACUGUCUGAAGUAUGAUAUUACUGUGUUUCAGUAUAUUGGAGAACUCUGUCGAUAUUUGGUCAAUCAACCCAAGACUCUAGAGGAAGUAGCUCAUAAUGUUCGCCUCGCAGCAGGAAGUGGACUUAGGGCUGAUGUUUGGAAGGAGUUUAUCAGAAGAUUUGGAAAAAUCCAAAUCCGUGAAGCUUAUGGGUUGACUGAAGCCAGUAUUGGCUUUGUAAACUACACAGAUGAAAUUGGACCGAUUGGGCGAGCCAGUUAUUUUAAUAAGCUUAAUCUGCCUUUUGAAUUUUUAAAAUGUGAUCCACAAACGUUUGAACCCCUAAGGACCGACACUGGACACUGCAUUAAAGUGAGUAAAGGGGAAGCAGGGUUACUGGUGGCUCCAGUGGUUUUCACCAACCCUUUUCUGGGUUAUGCGGGUGAUAAAGCCAUGUCAGAAAAAAAACUGCUGAGGGACGUCUUUAAGACAGGAGAUGUGUAUUUCAACACAGGAGACCUGAUGCUUCAGGACCACAGAGAUUUCGUCUACUUCAAGGACAGAAUUGGAGACACAUUCAGAUGGAAGGGGGAAAACGUCUCUACCACAGAAGUUUCUGAAGUGUUGGGCAGUCUGGACUUCCUGCUGGAUGUCAAUGUGUAUGGAGUCACUGUGCCAGGUUAUGAGGGUCGAGCUGGAAUGGCCGCUGUUGUGUUGAAGGAUGGUCAUGAAUUAGACGGAAAGAGAGUCUACAGUCAUCUGCUCCACACUCUUCCUCCAUACGCAUGGCCAUGGUUUCUGAGACUUCAGACUUCCUUAGACAUGACGGAUACAUUCAAGCAACAGAAGGGACUGCUAGUAAAGCAAGGCUUCAGUCCAGAUACUGUCCAAAAGCCAGUCUACCUGCUUGACACUUCGCAGAAGACCUACACCCCCCUCACAGCCCAACUAUAUGAUGACGUUGUAUCUGGCAAGAUAAGGCUUUAGGUGCAUUAUAGUCAAUGCAGUGAGAAUCUGGAGAAUCCUACAGUUACUGGAAGUUAUCCCUGUAUGUGGCAUUUUAGCUGCUGUUUUUUUUUUCUUCUUCUUCUUUUUAUUUAUUUAUUUUUUUUUAUUUUUUUUAUUUUAUUUUUUUUUUAAAGAUUUUUAGUUACAUAGUUGUGGAGGUGUUGAUUAGAUGUUUAGCCCAAACUGGAAUGUCCAUUUCUUUGACAUCACAACAGAUAAUCCAUUAAUAUUAUUUCAUAGACAUUUAAUAUUUUAUAAUAUUAUUACUACUAUUAGCAUGUUCCGAUCACUGUGCUCAAUUUGUAACUUCUUACUUGUCUUAUUAUUAACCGUAAUUAAGCACAGAAAGAGUUUUAUAUUUAUUUAUAAGAAUAUAACAGCGGCCUAACAAAUGUUUCCUGCUUGGUGAUCAUGUAAAUUCAUGAAUGGAAACUAAAACCUAUGAUUCCUUAAA